GCCUAGUGGAGAAGGGCAGGGAGUUGGGGCCCAUCCCCUCCGGCCCUCGCAGGCAGUCCCAGAAAAUGUGGCAGCCUGAGCCAGGCCGACCUUAGUCGGUCGUGCAGCCUCGCGUCUUUAAGCCUCCGUUUUUCCACGAACAGAAUGGGGACCCUCGCCGAGUGCCCCGAAUACAAAUGGGUGCUUCGUGAGACUGUGCUCCCAUGGUUCCCACUCAGCUCUAUGGGGCAGGAGCUAGAGCGAUCCCCACUUCAGUGGGGGAGACCGAGGAUCAGAGGACAGCACAUGCGAUGCAGAGGCAGAACUGGAACCCGGGACCCCCCAGUCCUGUCCUGGCCUCGGGUGGCCUAGGCUGGCCCCUGGCGGGGGUCUAGCCCCUCCCAACGCAUUCGGGAAGCCACGGCCCGGGCAGGGCGGAACCGUGGGUGUCUCUGGCGCCCCAAGGUGCCAAUUAAAUGCUCGUGGCUGUCUGGGGCCAGAGCUGUGGACGGCGGCAUGGCCGAGCUGGGGCCAGAGCCGGGACGCGCGUGGCGGGCGCUAGCCCUGUGCGGGGCUGCGGUGUUCCUGGCGGCCGCGGCAGCCGGCGGGGCCCUGCUGGCCUGGAACCUGGCCUCCUCGGCCUCCCGGGGACCUCGCUGCCCGGAGCCAGGUGCCAAUGCCACGGCACCCCCCAAGGAUCUGGCGCCGGAGGUCGAGGAGCUGCGGCGCCAGCUGGCAGAGGCGACCCAGCGCGCGCAGGCUCUGGCCAGACAGCUGAGCCAGGCCAACCGAGUCCGUGGGGAGCUGGAGGAGACACUAAGGGCCUGCGAGGGCCGCCAGAGCCGGCUUCAGACCCAGCUGAUGACCCUGAAGACGGAGAUGGAGGAGGCCAAGGCACAGGGGACCCAGAUGGGGGCUGAGAACGGGGCGCUCACAGAAGCUCUGGCGCGCUGGGAGGCGGCAGCUACUGAGUCUGCGCGGCGGCUGGACGAGGCGCAGCAGCGCGCACGCGCGGCCGAGGCCGAGGGCGAAGCGUGCGCGGCCCGGGAGGCGGCGCUGCGCGAACGCGCUAAAGCCCUGGAAGCCGAGCUGAGCCCCCAGCGCAGAGUGCCGCAUCCCCGAUCCCGCUCCGGGUCCCGACCGCGACCCAGCCCCCGCUCGCGCUCUCGCCCAGGAACUUCGGGGGGCUGCCGGCGGCCGGCCCGGCGCGCCCGAGGGUGAGUCAACCCCCAGCAGGUUGAGGGCCCGAGGCCAGGAGGGCACACGCUGUGGUGGCCCUGCUGGGACCCGUAGAGAGGUGCCCACGCUGGAUGAGAUGCCCAGUCGACAGCCAUCAACACUCAGCUCUGGACCCGGAGUCGCUCUGAACGGAAUCUACAGAGAGGGAGGAGACUCGACCUUCUCUCCCCAGCCAACUAGUGCUGAUUUUACAGAUGAGGAAACUAAGGCCCAUUUGAUGACACAAUGAGAUAGUGCUGAUUUGGGACUUCAGUCCCGUCUAAUGACAGGGUUGCUUCAUGCCACAGACGUGAAGAGUUAGGGUCCAGCCCUGGCUCACGAGUGACCUAGAAGGGUCACUUCUCCCCUCUGGGCCUCGGUUUACCUUGUCUGUAUAUCACAUGAUUAGAAUCAUGUUUAGCGAGCCGGCCUAUCCUUGACAACACACACCGACCAAGAUGGCACAAUGGGAAAACUACAGACCCCUCCACCCUCUGAGGAGGGUACAGAACUCCCAAAUGGAAUUUUAGCCAAAAGAAUGAAGUCCCACAUUUUUUAAAUGCAUCACGACAAAGGCGACAUCGCUGAGAUGCAGGGAAUGCUCAGUAUCCAGCAGUCUGCCGAUGAAAUUCACCAUAGUAAUGGAUCAAGUGAGAAAAGUUCUGGAAAGGCUGUCAAAAUGAGGGCCCCCGGGAAGAUGACCGCUGUUGAGUAUUUAAUAUUGUUCCAGCGGUACUAGCCAAUGCACUUAGACAAGGAAAAGAAAGAAGAGAUACAGACAUUAGAAGAGUGGUAGGGAAAUUAUAGCUUGGAUCAUAUGUGAGCACUGUUUAUAUAGGUCAAAAAUAAUAGAAAUACUAACAAUUUCGUAUGGCUCAAUUUCACAUUAAUUUUGUUGUUUACCUUAUAUUUCACAUGCCUUCAGACUUACAGAAAAACUGGAGGGUUAGGACAAAGAAUUCCUGGAUACUCUUCACCCGGAUUCCACAAACAUUAGUUACCACCUUUGCUUUAUUCUUUUUCUCUCUCCGAAAACGUGCAGAAAUGAUGUCUCAUUACCCAUAACUCUUGAGUGUGCAUUUCCGAAAAACAAAGACAUUCUCCCACAUAAUCACAGCACAUUGAUGAACAUCAGGAAGUGGACGUUGAUAAAACACUAUUAUCUAAUCUACAGACUUUAAUCAGGCUUUGCCAACUGUUCUCAUAAUGUCCUUUUAACAAAAGAAUAUCCUGGCUCACACAUUGUAUUUGUCAAGUCUUUCAUCUCUUUUAAUCUGGAACAUUUCUCAGUCUGUCUUUGCCUUUUAUGACGUUGGUAUCUUUUAAAGGCCCAAGGCAGUCAUUUUAUGAAGUCCAAAUUUGGGUUUCUGUGAUGUUUCUGUAAGAUUAGUUUCUGGUUGGCAUUUGGGGCAGGAAAGCCUUUAACAUAAUAUUAUUAUCACCUGGUAGUAUGAUUUUAUAUAUAGAAAACCCAAGAGAAUUAACUGAAACUUUCAUAGAUCUAGUUCAUAUAGUUAUUUAUCUCCAGGAAUACACUAAUCUCCUUCAGCUGUAAAGAGCUCUUAUAAAUUAAGGUUUUCAAAAAAACAGCUCAGUAGAAAACUGGGCAGAGAAUAUAGACAGUCAUUUCAUAGAAAUAUGCAAAAAAAAAAAAAGCGACCAACCUCUUUCCUAGAAACGAAUUGCAAAUUGAAACAACAAUGUGGUCCCACUUUCUCGCUGUUAGUCUGGCAAAUGUAAAAACAAAAGCAAAUCACCAAGUACCCUGUGCGGGCACUGCUGUGGAGAAACAAGUAAUCCCACAUGGUGCCAAUGAGAUGGCUCAGUGGUACAACCACUUGGAAGGGGAAUUUUCUAGAACCUCUCAAAAUUAAAAGUGCAUAUAUCCUUUGACCCAUCAAUUCCCCUUCUAGAAAUUUUUCUACAACCCUAUUUACACGUGUACAAAAUGAUGGACCAGGGCACCUGGCCGACUCAGUCUGCAGAGUGCACUCUUGAUCUACAGGUUGUGAGUUCAAGCCCCACGUUGGGUGCAAAGCCUACUUAAAAAUAAAUAAAUGCAUGCAUACAUACCUAAAACUAAACAAAACGAAAUGAUGGGAUGGACAAAAUGUAAUGCAGAUCCCUGGGUUGGAUCCUGGAACAGAAAAACACUUAGUGAGAAGGUCAAAUAAAGUCUAGAGCAUAAUUAAUUUAACAUACUACAGUUACUUUCUUAGCUUAGAUGAACAAAAUUUGGACACCAUGGUGUAAAAGAACUUGACCAUCGAAGAAGUUGGGUGAGGGCUCUUCAGGGGCUCUGUACUAUCUCUGCAACUUUUCUGUAAAUCUAAAACUAUUCUAAGA